CGACGGCAGUCUCUCACGAGCCGCGGGACGCUGAACAGUGCGAAGCCAUUUAAGGCAAGAAAAGAAGACGCGAAUUUCCCGCAUUUCCGAAAAUCAAAAAAAGAAAUCAUGAUUUUCGCCUUGCUUCUUGUACAGCUCGUAAGCAUCGGCUUGACGAUGGAGCAUAUGAACGUCACUACAAUCCUCGUGCCCAUCGUAAACGAAGAAGAGGUUCUUUUCACGGAUAUGAACGGUUCUUGCAAAUGCUGGGGCAAAACAACGGCUACCGUUUCAGAAUGCCAGUGUGUUGGGGAGUCUCUGGUCGAAGUACCCAAAAACCUGACAAAAAAUAUCGAACGAUUGACGAUCAGAGAAUCUGGUAUAAAAGUGAUUACGAACGAAUCACUCACACCGUACAAAGACACCCUCAAAGAAUUCACCUUUAUGAACAACCAACAACUGGAGUCCAUAGAAGCAGGCGUUUUUCAAGACCUGCCGCAGAUAAGGACGAUAUACAUCGUCCACGCUCCAGCACUUAAAAAACUGUCAGAUGGUGUCUUACAAGCCUACUUGCCAAAUCUCAGGGCUUUGCGGAUUGUACAUUGCGGACUCGAAAUUUUACCAUACAUGGAUAAGUUGACAACAUACAACCACGUGAGCAUACUAGAUCUUGAAUCCAAUAUGAUAACAAGGCUGAAUAGCAAUCACAUAAAAAUUCGAGCGGAUCAAUUAAUCCUGAACUACAAUCAAAUCCAGGAAAUCGAAACGGACGCUUUUCACGGCUCACAAAUCUCAAUCUUGACUUUAAGAGGCAAUAAAGAGUUGACAACGCUUCAUACUAACAGCUUCAGAGGGAUAACAAGUUUAAGGAUGCUGGAUUUAUCGGAAACGUCGAUAUUAUAUCUGCCGAUCAAAGGACUCCAGCACCUUGAGAUUCUGAAGCUGCAAAACGUCAGGUCGCUCACCAUGUUUCCGUCGAUUUACAAUUUCCAGUACAUCACGAAGGUCUACCUCACCUACGCUUACCAUUGCUGUGCGUUCCAUUUCCCCAGCCGACACGAUCCUGAGAGAUUCGCCAAGCACGAGGACAUGAAGUUGAAAAUGAAGGAGAACUGCAGUAGGACGACCAGGGUCAAGAGGGACUGGGGAGCACCGAUUCUUCAAACAAUUGAUACGAAUUUCACAGACAGUUCGGAAAAAGAACAGGAAAUGUACAACGGAUAUUUUACGGACGAGUCCUUCGGUCAGGACGGAAUCACAGUCGGGCCAAAAGUGAUCGCACUCUGCGGAAACAUAUCGAAGGACUAUCGCAAGGUCGAGUGCUAUCCCGAGCCGGAUGCUUUCAACCCUUGCGAAGAUUUGAUGGGCAACUGGACACUGAGAGUCGCAGUCUGGCUGGUCGCAAUCGCUGCACUUGUAGGUAACACGGCAGUGCUUUUGGUCCUUCUAAGUUCUCGAUUCAGGAUGACGGUACCCAAAUUUCUCAUGUGCAAUUUAGCCCUGGCGGACUUGUGCAUGGGCGUGUAUCUGCUCAUGAUCGCUAUCAUGGACGCCAAGUCGAUUGGCGAUUACUUCAACGCGGCCAUAGACUGGCAGAGUGGGCUCGGUUGCCAGGUAGCUGGCUUCUUAACCGUCUUCUCUAGCGAACUGUCCGUCCUCACACUGACGGUUAUAACGACUGAAAGAUGGUACACGAUUACUUACGCUAUCCACAUGAACAAGCGACUCAAAUUAUCGACAGCUGUCAAAAUCAUGGCUGCCGGAUGGGUAUAUGCUAUCAUCAUGGCUGCUUUACCGCUCAUGGGAGUUAGCGGAUAUUACAAAACAAGCAUAUGUCUCCCGUUUGAAAGCAGCACUGCCAUCGACUUGGCAUAUUUGAUCACACUCUUGGCGUUCAACGGUAUCGCUUUCUGGGUCAUAUGUCUGUGCUAUUCUAGAAUGUACUGUUCGAUCAGAAGAGGACGAGAACCCGGUGGACCGGCUUUAGUUCAUUCGGACAUGACAGUCGCAAAACGGAUGGCACUUCUUGUCUUCACGGAUUUCGCUUGUUGGGCCCCGAUUGCGUUUUUUGGACUCACAGCGUUAGCAGGGUUGCCGUUGAUCGACGUGACCAAAUCCAAGAUUCUGCUCGUUUUCUUCUAUCCGUUGAAUUCUUGCGCCAAUCCUUACCUUUACGCUCUGCUCACGCAUCAGUACAGGAGGGACGUUCUCAUCAUCCUGAGCAGAUACGGGAUAUGUUCGGAUAAAGCUGCGAGGUACAAAAUCACGGCAACAGGACGUGGACCAGGGGGACAGGGCCAAGGUGACGACGCGAGAGGACAGAGAGCUGGAAGAGGUUCACUCCUCACCACGCUCACCUCCUUCGACUGCACGAGGCAACCCUCGUUGGGCCCGCUGCCCGAGAUCUCCCUCGGCGUGCAGAACGGGACGUCUACCGUCUGAAAACUGGGUUUAACAAUCGACUCUUUCUCUUUAAAAGAACAAGCCGAUCCAUAGAUUGUUGACUCAUCCUCCACAGGAAUCGUUUUUUAAAACUGUGUUCUGACAUCACAUAAAACAGAACACGCUUGGUGUCGGGUUACUAAUGGUUUAGGGGAAAUACAUCGAGUGCAUUUUAUGAU